GCGACAGGCGCCCGCCGCAGGGAUGGACCGCCGCGGCGGCGGCCGAGGCGGCGGCGGCGGAGGCGGCCGGCCCGGUGCUGCUUGCGUGCAGAGAGCCUGCCUCCUGCCUGCUCCGUGUGUCUGGCAUCUGCUUGUCCUUCAAGACCAAUCUGAAACCUCCACUGACACGUUCACCACCCUUUGGUGCACCAGUUAAUCACCUGUACAGCCUGUGUAUUGGUUCUUGGAGCUGAGGGUCUCGUAAUAAACUAAGAUGAUCUGUAAUAAAUAAGAUGCUCCAAGUCCUCGCAGUUCUCUUCAGAAGAAAAGUCCCUAGUACUCUGCUCUUGCCAUAAUACCAAACCUUUGACUUAACGCUUUGGUGCUGCAACACUGGAAGAAUUGCACACAGGUUCCAGGAAUAUCUGUUUUUCAUUUCAGUGAUUCUUUGUGGAUGGAAAACUAUUUGAAUCUUAGUAAUUACCUUGUUUUAAAGCUAUUUCUCUAUAGUCUGAACUGCUUAAUAAGUUGGGUCACCCACCAAUGAGCCACACAGCCAGUUCUUGUCAGGAGCUGGUUGAAAGCUGUGCUGUGCAUGUAGCAGGGAUGGCACAAGAAGACAGCCGUCGUGGUCAAGUGCCAUCUACCUUUUAUCAUGGUGCCAACCAAGAACUUGACCUUUCCACCAAAGUGUACAAAAGGGAAUCAGGAAGUCCUUAUUCUGUGUUAGUGGACACCAAGAUGAGUAAACCACAUCUCCACGAAACAGAGGAACAGCCGUAUUUCAGGGAGACAAGAGCAGUGUCUGAUGUGCAUGCCGUGAAAGAAGACCGGGAGAAUUCUGAUGACACAGACGAGGAAGAGGAGGAGGAGGAGGAGGUCUCUUACAAAAGGGAGCAGAUCAUAGUGGAGGUAAACCUUAAUAAUCAAACAUUAAAUGUGUCUAAAGGGGAAAAGGGUGUCUCUUCUCAGUCCAAAGAGACUCCUGUUCUUAAGACAAGCAGUGAGGAGGAAGAGGAAGAGAGUGAGGAAGAGGCCACAGACGACAGCAAUGACUAUGGAGAGAACGAAAGGCAGAAGAAAAAAGAGAAGAUAGUGGAGAAAGUCAGCGUCACACAAAGGAGAACCCGGAGAGCUGCCUCUGUUGCUGCAGCUACCGCUGCCCCUACUCCCAGAGCUACGAGAGGGCGUAGGAAGAGUGUAGAGCCACCUAAGCGUAAGAAGCGGGCCACAAAGGAGCCCAAAGCACCAGUCCAGAAAGCUAAGUGUGAAGAGAAAGAGACUCUGACCUGUGAGAAGUGCCCCAGGGUGUUUAAUACUCGCUGGUACCUGGAGAAGCACAUGAACGUUACUCAUAGGCGCAUGCAGAUUUGUGAUAAGUGUGGCAAGAAGUUUGUCCUGGAAAGUGAGCUGUCCCUUCACCAGCAAACAGACUGUGAAAAAAACAUCCAGUGUGUGUCCUGUAACAAAUCCUUCAAGAAACUCUGGUCCCUUCAUGAACAUAUCAAGAUUGUCCAUGGAUAUGCAGAGAAGAAGUUUUCCUGUGAAAUUUGUGAGAAGAAAUUUUAUACCAUGGCUCACGUACGGAAGCACAUGGUUGCACACACGAAAGACAUGCCGUUCACAUGUGAAACCUGUGGAAAAUCAUUCAAGCGCAGUAUGUCACUCAAGGUGCACUCCUUGCAGCAUUCUGGAGAGAAGCCAUUCAGAUGCGAGAACUGUGACGAGAGGUUCCAGUACAAGUACCAGCUGCGCUCACACAUGAGCAUCCACAUUGGGCACAAGCAGUUCAUGUGCCAGUGGUGCGGCAAGGACUUCAACAUGAAGCAGUACUUCGACGAGCACAUGAAGACCCACACUGGAGAGAAACCCUUCAUCUGUGAAAUCUGCGGCAAAAGCUUCACCAGCCGCCCCAACAUGAAGAGGCACCGCAGGACGCACACCGGCGAGAAGCCUUACCCGUGCGACGUGUGCGGCCAGCGCUUCCGCUUCUCCAACAUGCUCAAGGCCCACAAGGAGAAGUGCUUCCGGGUGACCAGCCCGGUGAACGUGCCGCCGGCCGUGCAGACCCCGCUGACAGCUGCCCCCGCCGCCCCACUGCCCUCAGUGGCCAGCACGCCGGCGACCCCGGCCCCGCCAAUCAACAUGAACCCGGGCAGCGCCCUGCCCCCCCGGCCCAUCCCCCACCCCUUCUCGCACCUGCACAUCCACCCGCACCCGCACCCCUCGCACCACCUGCCCAUCCCUCCGGUGCCUCACCUGCCCCCGCCCCCCGCGCUCUUUAAGAGCGAGCCCCUGAACCACAGAGGCCAGAGCGAGGACAGCUUUCUGCGGCACCUGGCCGAGAAGCCGAGCGCAGCGCAGCACCAUUAGCGGCCUCCUCCACGGCCUCGCCCGGCCUCUCGGGGACCCACCACGGAGAAGGCGGCGUCAGCUGGCCCGGGGGAGCUGCCGAACUGAAGCCCAAUUUGCUUGCUUUUUCUGAUGACUUUUAUAAAUUUCGAAUACUGACUUGUGGAAUUUUAUAAUUUCAUAUCAGCUGAUGAGGUAUGCUUGCUUUUAUACCCUGGACUUCCCCUCAAAGAGGGGACAGGCCUGGUUCCUUUGUACUAAUCCGGAGGGCUGUGAGAUUAAUCCAGAGCAUUAAUCGUAUCACUGUGUAUGGCAAUGAGUUCUCAGCUUCGGGUGCCGGCUGCAGCGGCGAGCUGGCCGCCCCACAGUAGAUCAAGCAUUAUAGAGACGGAAAUUUUCUUCUUUGUGUAGCUCUCCUAACGCACUCUUUAUUUUACUACAGAAAUUAUUUUAGAGUUUUUGUAUAGACUUCUUUAGUAGCCUGUUUCUAAAAUGAAAUGUAUUUCAAUAAGCGGUGUAAUUUUUUCAGUGUAGCUGAACCCAUGUUGUAAAAUAGAGGAAAUUUUUAUAAUCAUCAAAAUGUGAUUCUUAAAGAUGCAUAUAACUUCUAUAAUUCAAAGUAACUCUUACAUCCGUACAACUCAGAGGUGCUGUCCCCAGAGGGUCACCAGGCCAGGCCCCCGCAGACACCAGCUCCUGCUCUGGGAACCUGGAGUGAGUGCUUGGUAGUUUAUAGUAAUCUCUGCUUAACACUCUGCUUAACACUCUGACGUUGCUGCCCUGGGUGCCGCUGGGGAGGGGAAU